AUGUCUAAACCUGAGAUGAUCUAUCGCCGUCUGGGCAAUUCCGGCCUCCAUGUGUCCGUGAUCAGUCUGGGAGGAUGGAUUACGUUCGGCGGUGAUGUCGCUGAAGAGGGCACCGAGGCCUGCAUGCGCCAGGCCUACGAUCUAGGCAUCAAUUUCUUCGACACGGCAGAAGGGUACGCCGACGGCAAAUCCGAAAUCGUCAUGGGCAACGUCAUCAAAAAGGCCGGGUGGAAGCGAAACGACCUCGUUAUCAGCACCAAGGUAAACUUCGGCCGCGCGCACGGCAAGAUCCCAGUAAACAACAUCGGCCUGUCCCGCAAGCACGUAAUCGAAGGGACGAAGGCCUCGCUGGCGCGCCUCCAACUCGACUACGUGGACAUCAUCUACGCGCACCGGCCGGACCGCCUAACCCCCAUGGAAGAAGUCGUGCGGGCGUUCAACUUCGUCAUCGAAAAAGGAUGGGCGUUCUACUGGGGGACGUCGGAGUGGUCCGCCGACGAGAUCAGCGAGGCAGCUGGGAUUGCGAAGCGGCUGGGGCUCAUCGGCCCGAUCGUCGAGCAGCCGCUGUAUAACAUGCUUGAUCGGGGGAAGGUCGAGGGGGAGUUUGCGCGGCUGUAUGAGCGUGUUGGACUGGGUCUCACAACGUUCAGUCCGCUUAAGGGUGGACGGCUGAGCGGGAAGUAUAAUGAUGCGCUGGAACGACCGCCGGCGGGGAGUCGGUUCGCGGAGAGUAACGAUGUUUACUCGAAGGGGAUACGUGAGAAGUGGGCGGCUGAGGAGGGGGUUAUUCAGCAGGUCAAGGGUGUUAAGGCCCUCGCCGACAAACUCAACGUGAAACAGUCCCACCUCGCUCUGGCAUGGUGCAUUAAGAAUGAGAACGUCAGCUCGAUCAUCACCGGCGCUUCGAAACCAGAGCAGAUCGUCGAUAACGUCGAGAGCCUCAAGGUCCUCCCUCUGCUUACGCCGGAGGUCAUGGCGCAGAUCGACGAGGCGCUGGGCAACAAGCCCGCCGUUGCGCCCGCUCGGUUCGGAUAG